AUGUCGUACGGAGACAACUACGGCCAAGGCCGCGAACAAUAUGGCGACAACUACGGUCAGGGCAACUACGGCCAGGGUCAGGGUCAGGGUCAGGGUCAGGGCCAGCGCCGCGAGGAUUACGGAGACCAGCAAUACCGAGGCAACUACGGCGCCAAUGCCCCGGACUUCUCAGACGUUGUAAACCACGCCGAGAACCACGGCGGCAGCAGCUCGUCCUACUUCAGCCAAGCAGCCAACUAUCUCCAAGAACAGCAUGGCAACAUCUCCAACCAGGACAUUGAUCAGCAACACAUGGUGGACUCGCACCAGAAACUCUACGGUGGUGGAGGUGGCAGUAGCGGUCCUGCUAGCUCUAAUGAGCUCGGUGCCGGUGCGGCCAUGCAGGCAUUGAAGGCUUUCACGAGUGGUGGUUCUAGUGGUGGUGGACAGAACCAGUUGAUUGGAUUGGCAAUGGCAGAGGCUGAGAAGUUGUUCGAUCAGCAGAGUGCGAAUGGAAAUGCUAGCGGCGACAAGCAGUCUGCUAUCAAUUCGGCUGCUGAGAUGGCCUUCAAGAUGUACACCAAAGGACAGGGUGGUCUUGGCGGCACUGGUGGACCUUCUGGCUUGCUGGGCUUGGCUAGCAAGUUCUUUAAUUAG